AUAAAAAUAAAAUAGAAGAAAGGGCUCUCCACCGACCCACACGCUUUGCUAAUUUUAACACAAUACAAAUAUUCCCACAUCGGCCACCGCCAAAUUCCUCCUCCAGAUUCAAAUACACAAAUCUCUCUUGUUUUGCUCCGUCGCCGUCGCCGUCUCCGUCGCUGGCUGUUUUGCAAUUAUUUUAUUAUUUUUUUCUUUCUCUGUUUGUUUAUGAAUCAAUAGCAUUGUGUUCGUCAUUUGUGGAAUCCCCGAUAAUGGCUGCACUAGCAGUUGAGCAGCUUAAUCAAUUACGAGACAUUUUUGCACGAUUUGACAUGGAUUCAGACGGAAGUCUUACAAUUCUUGAAUUAGCGGCAUUGCUUCGAUCUCUUGGUUUGAAGCCAUCCGGUGAUCAAAUCCAUGUUCUUCUUGCUAAUAUGGAUUCGAAUGGUAAUGGAUCUGUUGAGUUUGAUGAAUUGGUGACAGCGAUUAUGCCGGAUUUCAAUGAAGAGGUAAUGGUAAAUCAAACGCAACUUCUGGAGGUUUUCCGUUCGUUCGAUCGAGAUGGGAAUGGAUAUAUAACAGCGGCGGAACUGGCGGGAUCUAUGGCGAAAAUGGGACAGCCAUUGACGUACAGAGAAUUAACGGAGAUGAUGAAGGAAGCAGAUACGGAUGGCGAUGGAGUCAUUAGCUUCAAUGAAUUUGCAUCUGUAAUGGCUAAAUCUGCCGCUGAUUUUCUAGGGCUUGCAAUUUCUUGAGUGAAUUAGACAGUUGUAGAAAAGUCAGUUCUUCGUUCCAUCGUCGACCAUAUCUAUGGCUCAAGAGCAUGCUCAAUACCACUACACACAAGCUCAAUAUAUAUAUACGAGCAUUAUUCCAUGAAAAAACUCGAAUUGAAUCGUCUCGUGAAUGCCAACCCAGAACUUGUUUUGUUUUAUCCAAUCGAGUGGGUAAUGUGUUGUGUUCUUGAGCUAUGAGGGGAUACAAAUUUUCAGAUAAGAACCCACUUUUGGAGUGUGAUGGGAACACCUUGGACGACGAAAUUAAUGUGUUUUGAUUCUCAAAAUUAAAUGAUUGAAUAAUUAAUAUUUUAUUGAUGGUAUUCAUUGACCAUUACCAA